AUGAACUUGAUAAAUGCGUUGGCGGUGAGUCGGAUAUUGACUCGUGAUCCAUCCGUUCUCGCCCACGAAAGCAUACCUUUUGGGUCGGCAACAUGGAUCGCUUACGCUGUCUUCUGCUGUUUUAUUGUUCUAUUUUCCGGACUCAUGUCCGGUCUCACCAUUGGUUUCUUGUCUCAAAAAAUCAUUAACUUAGAAAUUCUCAAACUAAGUGGUUCUUCUUCUGAGAAAAAACAAGCUGAAAUCAUAAUUCCUUUGGUUGAAAAAUCACAUCAGCUUCUUGUUACACUGCUUCUCUUCAAUGCUCUUACCAUGGAGGCUCUUCCUAUAUUCCUAUAUAAAAUCACCAAUCCAUUUCUUGCCAUCAUUGUCUCUGUUACUUGUGUUCUCUUUAUCGGUGAGAUUAUUCCACAAGCAAUUUGUAGUAGAAAUGGUCUUGCCGUCGGUGCUUAUUUUGCAUGGCUUGUGCGGAUAUUAAUGAUCAUAUGUUAUCCGAUUUCUUGUCCGGUUGGAAAGGCUCUGGAUUACCUAUUAGGGCAUGAUAAAGCUUUAUUUGGGCGUGCUCAGAUAAAAACUUUUGUUUCCAUUCAUGGCAAGGAGGCUGGGAUAGGGGGCGAGCUUACACUUGAUGAGACGACAAUUAUCAAUGGAGCACUUGACUUGACCCAAAAGACUGUUGAGAAGGCUAUGACACCUAUUGAAUCAACAUUUUCAUUAGAUGUAAAUUCAAAAUUGGACUGGGAGGCAAUGGGACAAAUUAUUGAUCGAGGGCACAGCCGAAUUCCUGUCUAUAAUGAAAAUCCCAAGAAUCUUAUAGGGCUUCUACUGGUCAAAGACCUUCUCAGGGUACGAUCUGAAAUGGAGACCCCUGUCAGUGAUGUAUGUUCCCCGAGCAUUCCACGGGUUCCAUCUGAUAUGCCUCUAUACGAAAUACUGAAUCAGUUUCAAAAGGGAAGUAGUCAUAUGGCUGCUGUAAUCAAGACAAAGGGAAAAGGCAAAGAAACUCUAGAAAUAAUUGAUGAAGAGAAAUUUGAUGCAAAGAAAAGUGUUGGAGGCGAUUCACAGAUAACUACUCCAUUGCUAGAAAAGAUGUAUGCAAAAUCAAAAAAUGUUGUUAUUGACAUUGACAAUCCUUCAAAUCUUCCUAGCAUUGAUGAGCAAACUGGUUCGCAGUUAAACGCUCCUUCCGAAAAUGUUGAACAUGCUGAAGUGAUUGGUAUUAUCACUUUGGAAGAUGUAUUGGAAGAACUUCUACAAGUAGAAAUUGUGGACGAGACAGAUGAAUUUGUUGACGUUCAUAAGAGAAUACCUGUAACAACCGCUUCCCCAAUGGCACGAGCUCCAUCAAUCCGAAGGUUGAAUAGCGAAAAGAGAGCAGUAAGUGAUUUACCGUUGCACGAAUUUUAUGAUUUAAUAUUUGUUUCUCUGCUAUAG